UUCAAACCAGCAGUGUGAGGUUGUCUGGCAGAAAGGCAGUUGGGGCGGUUUAUUCUUCAGAGAAAAAAAUAUAUGAUCGACUAUGUUUUAAAUACCAAGCUCUAAAGAUGUCAGAUCUUGAGAAUGAGUUUAAAGCGUUGCGAAGGAAGGUGCAGGAGGGUGAAGAGGCUCUUCAGAGGGCUGGACAGUAUGGACUUCAACUCUUGGAUGAUAAAAUGGAUCUACACAACAAACUGGAGGAGCAGCGAAUUGAGAUGUCCAAUGUCAUUGAGGCCCUGGAGCAAGAGAAAUACUCUCUGCUUAGGGAAGUUGAGUUAAAGGGCCGCAUAUUGGAAAGUCUUCGUUCCGAAUUUGAUGUUGUCAAAAACCACCAGAAACAUCAGCUGGAGCAGCAGCAAACUCUUUUGGAGAGGAGUCAUGCUCUUGAGAUCAGUGACUUAAAGAAUAAGGUGGAGAAAAUGAAGGCAGAUUUAGAGGAAGCUCAACUGGCUGGGAAGCAGAUGAAGCACAAGCUGGACCAGCAAUCUGAAGCACUGAGCAGCAAAACUGAAGAGCUGCGUUUCUUUACUGAGCGUGCACAUGAAACCAUGUCCUCAGAGAUCCUGGAGCUGCAAGUGCAGAAGAUGGACAUGGAAUCAGUAAUGGAGACUUUAGAGCAGGAACUUCAGGAGGCACGAUACAAAGAAGAACAGCUGAAUUUGGCCAACACGACCCUCCAGAGGCAACUGGAGAGACUCACAGAGGAGAAGGAAGAGAGAGAGAAAGAGGCAGUGUCCUGCUAUAAUGCUUUGGAAAAAGCUCGUGAAGCCAACCAAGAUCUUCAAAUCCAACUAGAACAAGUGUUGCAACAGGCACAGGAUCCCAACAGCAAAGGCAAUUCCUUGUUUUCUGAGGUAGAGGACAAAAGAGCAGAGAUGGAAAGGCAAAUGAACAGCAUGAGAAGACAGUACGAGUCUCUACAGAAGCAGCAUGUUCUCACCAAACAACACAUGCACCGUAUGAAGAUGCAGUUAGCCACCCUUAUGCAGCUGCAGGGCAACAGGGCCGACCCAGCCCAGCUUGAACGAUUGCAGUUCAUGUUAUCUGAAAAGAACAAUGAAAUAGAGACCUUGAUGAUGAAAGUAAGAGAGCUGGAAAAAGCAAAGGUGUCUGUAACAGACCAGCAUCAACCUGUCCAGUCUAAAGAAAAUGAGCUUGUGGAUGAGACUUACUACACAGAUCUAUUAAAAAUGCAACUUUCAAAUUCAAAAAAAGAUGCAGAGAAACUGAAGGAUGAGUUAUCCAUGGCAAGAAUGAAGGGUCUCUCUGAAAGUCAGAGAGUGUUGGAGUUAGAGAGGAAACUCUAUGGUGCAGAGCAAAUGCUGAAACAAAGACACAGUGACAACAUGAAGCUCCAAGUCAAGCUUGAAGAACUACAGAUGAAAUACACACCGAAUGAGGUGAAUAAAUCACAAGUACAGAAGCGUCGCCGUGAGAAGUUUCCAGUAGUCACUACAGAGGAAAAGUCAGCACCUAGCAAAGAGGAAACUGUGACAAUGGAUAUUGAGCCAGCCAAGACCUCUAGUGGAAAUACAGAGGAAAAAGCUCUCAGUCAUCCUGUUGAGAAGCCCACCGUGGUCCCGUUACAGUCUGCACAAACCACAGAGCCCAACCCGGUCUUGCCUCGUGAAAACAAGUCUGUCCGAAUCUGUGAGGAUCCCCCAGUCUGCAUUCCUGAUGCACCCAGUAGCAAGAUUGACGAUCAAACACACAGCAAUGAAGAAGAGAACUGGAGAGCUGAGAAAAAGAGGAAAAAGUACCAACCUACCCACGUUAACUCAGAAAAAACCAUGGCAAGCGAGUGUGCUCAACAGUAGUGCUAAUGUAAAUUGUAAUUGUUUUAUAGUUUGUUAAAGAAUUUUGUCAAGUUUAUGCUUGUAAUUAAGAUAUUUUUUAAUAAUAAUUUGAACCAUAACAUGCACAUGCUUUACAGCACAUCUUUAAUACAUUUAGCAAUACCUCUGUUAUGAACUAUUUAA